CGAAUGCAGCGCAGCACGGUGCUGGCAGCCCGAAGCCCCGAGGCUGGGCUCUGUCUGGGACUGCGCCGUGCCCAGCCUCGGUCCCCUCUCUGUGGGUAGGGAUGGUUGAGUCCAGCCUCCACGGCAGCGGCUCCUUGUGCCACUAGCAGCCCGUCUUCUGCGCUCUCCGCCUUUUCUCUCUAGACUGGCUCUCUCCUCCCCCCGCGCCCCCCUCCCCGCAUCUCCCACUCGCUGGCUCUCUCUCCAGCUGCCUCCUCUCCAGGUCUCUCCUGGCUGCGCGCGCUCCUCUCCCCGCCUCGCCCCCUCCCGCAGCCUCGCCGCCUUGGUGCCUUCCUGCCCGGCUCGGCCGGCGCUCGUCCCCGGCCCCGGCCCCGCCAGCCCGGGUCUCCGCGCUCGGAGCAGCUCAGCCCUGCAGUGGCUCGGGACCCGAUGCUAUGAGAGGGAAGCGAGCCGGGCGCCUAGACCUGCAGGAGGCGUCGGAUGCGCGGCGGGUCUCGGGACCGGGCUCUCUCUCCGGCUUGCCUUGCCCUCGGGUGAUUAUUUGGCUCCGCUCAUAGCCCUGCCUUCCUCGGAGGAACCAUCGGUGUCGCGUGCGUGUGGAGUAUCUGCAGACAUGACUGCGUGGAGGAGAUUCCAGUCGCUGCUCCUGCUUCUCGGGCUGCUGGUGCUGUGCGCGAGGCUCCUCACUGCAGCGAAGGGUCAGAACUGUGGAGGCUUAGUCCAGGGUCCCAAUGGUACUAUUGAGAGCCCAGGGUUUCCUCACGGGUAUCCGAACUAUGCCAACUGCACCUGGAUCAUCAUCACGGGCGAGCGCAAUAGGAUACAGUUGUCCUUCCAUACCUUUGCUCUUGAAGAAGAUUUUGAUAUUUUAUCAGUUUACGAUGGACAGCCUCAACAAGGGAAUUUAAAAGUGAGAUUAUCGGGAUUUCAGCUGCCCUCGUCUAUAGUGAGUACAGGAUCUAUCCUCACUCUGUGGUUCACAACAGACUUCGCUGUGAGUGCCCAAGGUUUUAAAGCAUUAUAUGAAGUUUUACCUAGCCACACUUGUGGAAAUCCUGGAGAAAUCCUGAAAGGUGUUCUCCACGGAACGAGAUUCAACAUAGGAGACAAAAUCCGAUACAGCUGCCUCUCUGGCUACAUCUUGGAAGGCCACGCCAUCCUGACCUGCAUUGUUAGCCCAGGAAAUGGUGCCUCGUGGGACUUCCCAGCUCCCUUUUGCAGAGCUGAGGGAGCCUGCGGAGGAACCUUACGUGGGACCAGCAGCUCCAUCUCCAGCCCGCACUUCCCUUCAGAGUACGAGAACAACGCAGACUGCACCUGGACCAUUCUGGCUGAGCCCGGGGACACCAUUGCUCUGGUCUUCACUGACUUUCAGCUGGAAGAAGGAUACGAUUUCUUAGAGAUCAGUGGCACGGAAGCUCCAUCCAUAUGGUAA